UGCCCUACAAUCUCGUCGGCGACACUGAUCCCUCCCUUCCCUCUCAAACCAAAAGCCCACCUUUUUCUACCUUCCCGCAACAUUAAUGGCCGGACUUAACCACCUCACCAUUCUAAUUACACUAACAGCCGCCAUUGCCAUCUCUAUGUCGUCCUUCCACCCUCACGCAGCAACGGCCUCGGCGGCCGACGACGUGGAGUACUACACCCUCGACAACCCGACCGCGACGAGGUUCCGGUCGCGGAGCCUGUUCCUGAACGAGAGGAUCAGGAAAGGGAUGCGCUGCUCGCCCGGCGGCGGCAACAUCUGCGACGGCGUCCCCGCAAACAACGGGACCAGCCUCCUCUACUGCUGCAAGAACAACUGCCGGAACGUGUACCAGGACGAGAACAACUGCGGCGCGUGCGGGAACAAGUGCGGCUUCGGCCGCAGCUGCUGCAACGGCGCGUGUAUCAGCCUGGCGUACGAUGCAGACCACUGCGGGGAGUGCAACCAGCGGUGCUCCCCUGGUCAGAAGUGCGAGUAUGGGUCUUGUGGGUACGCUUGAAAUUCUUUUUUGAGCUUUCGGAGACAGAGAUCGAGAGAGAGAUUAUAGGAAGAGAUCUUGAUGAAAUCUCUGGUUUCAUUAGGGGGAUUGAAGAGAUGGGAGAAAAGAAUACGGUUUACUAUGGAGAGUACAUAUCGGAUUGAGAGUGCAUACAGAAUGUCACGUGUGGUGAUCUGUAGAUCUGAUAAAUUCGUGUCAUUAUCAUCAACAUUUUGAUUUACGAUUUACCUACAUACGUUCAUCAGAUUUUUAUGAGCUACUACUGCGACAUUUGUAUACACGUUGGAAAACUGGGGUUUAGGUACAAGCAUAUCACAAGAGUUUUACACUUGUGAGAAACUAGUUAAGUGGGGUUGCUUUUGGUACUUAGCCAAGAGAGUUUGGUGUUUUGAGUGUUUUGAUUUUGGAGUAGUAGCUUAGCGUGGAUUGUACAUUUACGUGUACAUGUUACCCAUGUAUUGAUUAUAUAUUUGUGUGGCUAGCGAGGUAAUAAAUCAGGAGGAAGUUUGAAUCCUUGGGAUGUACAAUAAUGUAAACAAAGGCCACUAUUUUUUUUUUUUUUAUUAAUAAUUUGAAUUAGUGUUU